AUGCUAAAUUCAAAAAAGAAAAGUUAUUACAAUAUUGCUCGUGAAGAUUUAGAAAGACUAAACGGGGACAUAUCUGUGGAGGAAGAUAUAAAACUAUCUCAAGCUCAGAAAAAGAUAAAAGUCAUAUUUCGAAGAUUAAAAAGGGCUAGAAAACUAAACCGAAUUCAUACUCUUGUUUACGCUUUCUAUCUUGGUGAAAUUCUGGAAAAUGCGUGUGGUAAAAAAAAAUACAAUGAUAAAGGUCUGUCAAGAUACUAUGCUGAAGUGUCAGUGAGAGUAUAUUAUCUUUUUCAGAAGGCUGGAGUUAAACGAAUUUAUCAAACGACCAAACUGACUUUAACAACGAUCUCCAAAUUGACGGCCGCAGAAUUUCAACAACUGGUAGAUGACAAUAACGAUAACAACGAUGAUAGUGAAGACGAAUCAUCUCAGGACAACGAUGACGCUGUAAAAGAAUUAUCACAAAAUAAUGUUAUUGAAAAUGAGCCAUUUCAAAAUACUGGGCUCACACAAAUUGCCACCAACCUUUCUCAAGACGCUACACAGCAACCAAUUAUAAUUACC